AUGAGUGAUUCUGAAAAAGUAUUUUACUUUUUUGUUGAAAACGAGUUUGUUUGUCGGCCAGACGUUAGUUUACUUCAAGGAUCACCUGCAAAUUAUUCAUCUAAUGCUAUCACUAUAAAUCUUGUGAGUUUUACUUCCAAAGGAAUUAAGGAAGUGUACAAAAUUUUUAAAAAAGUUACUCCAAAUAGAUAUAACAGAGAUGAAAUGGUUGAACUUUAUAAACAAACUAAAGAGUACAUCAAUUUGAACUUUAUUAAUAAUGAUGAAAAUAAAUUAUUUAUUGGAUGUGUUCGGGAUGACAAUGGGACUCAUGAAAACUGCACUGAAGAGAUUCUUAAAUUUAAAUUUAUAAUUGUUGAUGAUAACUUACAAAUUAAAUAUGAAGAUCUCUAUCAACCACAUCUUAAUGGCAUAAUUCCGAUUGUUGGGUACUUUGAUGUAAAAAGCAUGUAUUUAGCGAACAGAGAUCAAAGAGUUUGGAUUCCAAAUAAAAAUCGUCCAUUAAAAACGUUUAUGAGGCCAAUAAGGUACUUAUUCAGCAUUGACUACUAUGAGAGUAUCGAUAUUAAUAUUCGAGACAUUGAGACUGGUGCAAAAGAAAUUUUGAGGUUAAUUUUGUUACUCAAGAAAAUUUUAAAGUUUAUUCAAGAGCAAAUUAUUGAUUCAGUGACUGUUGAAAACUUUCGUGAUUUCUACAAUCAAUUGAUAAGAUAUUCUUUCCAAAACGUAAAUCAAGGCUUAAGAUACAACAUCCGUUGCUUAAAUUCUUUGAAGGCAACAAUGAAGACAAAUAUUGAUUUUUUUGAUGGUAAUCAAGUUCCAUUUAAAUCAAUAAUGUUUAGUACUCUAAUGAUUGAAGCUGAAAAAGGAAAGUUGCGUUAUGAAUCAUUUGAUGAUGUACCAACAAUUAUACAAUGUGAAAAUUGGUUUAGAACAGCAAUGACAGAAGGAAGUUAUUUAAAUGCCUUCUCUGAAUUCGGAAGAUGUGCUUCGAACUUUGUACCUCUUGAAAUUGAACCAAUGAAGGAUCCUUUUGAAGUUCAAAAUUAA